UCCAAAUUAUCUGUCCCAUCCUCUAUAUAUGCAUAGUACUGCAUGUCUCUGUUUGCCACAAUGCCAUCUCAUUCCUCCUAUCUCUUCAUGGCUCGGCCUCUAUGGUUUCUUAGUUUAUGUUUCAUGAUUUCUUCAAGCAGUGCUCAGGGUCCACCUUCACCUGGCUACUACCCAAGUUCCAAAAUCAAUUCUAUAAGCUUCCUUCAAGGCUUUAGAAACCUCUGGGGUCCUCAGCAUCAGAGAGCUGACCAGGGCUCAAUAGCACUCUCGCUUGAUAAGAGCUCAGGAAGUGGUUUCAAGUCACUGCAUUCAUAUCGGUCUGGGUAUUUUGGUGCUGCCAUCAAGCUCCAACCUGGUUAUACUGCUGGGGUCAUUACUUCAUUUUAUCUUUCAAACAACGAAGACUACCCUGGGAACCAUGAUGAAAUCGAUAUUGAGUUCCUUGGAACCACAACAGAUAAGCCGUAUACUUUGCAGACGAAUGUAUAUAUCACAGGAAGUGGAGACAGCAAUAUUAUUGGAAGAGAGAUGAGGUUUCAUCUCUGGUUUGAUCCAACCCAAGAUUAUCACAGAUAUGCUGUACUUUGGGGACCCAGUGAGAUAAUAUUCCUAGUGGAUGAUGUGCCAAUCAGGAGGUAUCCAAGAAAAAGCGAUUCCACAUUUCCACUAAGACCAAUGCAUGUGUACGGAUCGAUUUGGGAUGCAUCAUCAUGGGCAACAGAGGACGGAAAAUACAAAGCCGAUUAUCACUACCAACCCUUCAUUGGAAGGUACACAGAUUUCAAGCUAGGCGGUUGUGCUGCCGAUGGGUCUGCAUCAUGCCGUCCACCGUCUGCUUCGCCAUAUAGCUCCGGCGGCCUGAGCCAACAGCAGUACUCGGCCAUGGCAUGGGUCCAGGGGAACUAUAUGGUUUACAACUAUUGUCGGGAUCCAAAGAGAGACCACACCCUCACACCCGAGUGUUAGUGUGAAUAAAUUGUCUUUCUAAGGGUAACUAAUAUAUAUAUAUAUAUAUAUAUAUAUAUAUAUAUAUUUGAUUGUGGUGAUCAACAAACACAGUUAGUUGGGUUUGGGAAUUACAGUUUGUUAUGGCCGGGGGGGUCUUGAGAUGGGUCAACGCUUGCGAAAAAUAGGUGCAAGAGUUGUUGAGAGUCCAAGCCACCGAGACAUGCAGGGUUUUCUUGUGCUUUAUUAUAAUCUUCUGCCAUGGAUUGACCUGUUGAAUUAUUAUAGUUGAAUAAAUUGAGAAAAAAAGACAUAUUUGUUUGAUUUCUAUA